AUGGACGACGAAGACCACCAAAACAAUUCUCCUGUCCCGACACGGCGGGACCUUGAGAGCGAGGAUUCUGAAGAUGAAGACCCCGAGAGCGAAGAAUUAGAAGAUGAGGACCUAAAGGGCGAGGAUUCUAAGGAUGAAGAAUCUGAGUAUGAGAAUUCUGAGUAUGAGGACUCUGAAGAUGGAGAUUCUGAGUAUGAAGGCCUCAACCUAGGCUUUGGGGACCUAGAUCUUGAGGACGAGAGCUCUGUAGACGAGGACCCUGACGACGAGGAUUCUGAGUAUGAGGACCUUGAGGAUGAGGAUUCUGAGGAUGAGGACUUUCCAGACCUAGACUCCGAGGAUCUAGACCUUGAAGACGAGGACCUUGGGAACGAGAAUCCUGAGGACCAGGAUUGUGAGAACAAGAAUCUUGACACGGACCGUCUCCCGUGUGAGUUCUGUGAGAAGUGGCCAAAUGUGCUUGUUCACGAGGCUACCAAAAGUAACGAUAACGAGGAAGCUAUCAUACUUCCUUACGUUGCCGAGAACUGGCAUGGGGAUCCACGACUCGUAUUCCAUGGAAGCUGUUCGACGUGCGCCGAUGCCAUCGAUGAGGACGAUGACGAGUUGUGUGAUUUCUGUAGACAUCUCCGCCUCAGACAUCUCUUGCUCUGCAACAACCAUAUUUUCAGUUAUUGGACGGGUAUGGGGGCGUGCAUGGGCACUGUCAAAGAGGUCUACGACCGCAAAUAUGAGGAAGAUUGCUCUAUGUGCGGCCUCAUCACCAGGGUCAUAUCUUACCUUGAGGCUCAAGACAUGGCGGUCGAAGAUGCGCGUAAAGCAGAUCAGCAGCCAUCUAUUCUUGGAAAGAAGGUUGACUGGAACCAAGUCAAGAGCUGGCUUGAGGAAUGCCGACGCGCCCACAGGCCGUGUAACUCCGACAUAACUGGAUUCUGGGACCGCAGAUUUCGCGUCAUUGAUGUCCAUAAGAGAAUGGUCACAAGAUUGCCGUCUCGCCGAUGCAAGUUCGUGGCUUUAAGCUACGUCUGGGGCACCGGACCGGAAAAUGAAAAGGCACAGUUGACAAAAGAAUCCAUCAAGAUGUUUGAGAAACCUGGAGGUCUAGAUGAUCUUCCUGCAACCAUCCAAGACGCCAUGAAAGUAUGCGUUGAACUCGGGGAGAGGUUCCUCUGGGUCGACCGUCUCUGCAUCAUCCAAGACUCUGACUCGGACAAACUGCAUCAACUGAAGCUGAUGGGGCAGAUCUACUCUUCCGCAGACUUUGUCAUUGUCGCGGCAUGUGUUAACGGGGCUAAAGAUGGACUUCGAGGAGUUAGCAGACCCCGCGCCCAAAGUCAAUUUCAAGCACGUGUCCUUGAAUUUGAGGUUACGCGCCUCCUUCCAGAACUCGAGAAGGCCCUUAGACGGUCCAAAUGGGGUAGCCGCGGCUGGACCUAUCAGGAAGCUAUCUUGGCGAAGAAAAAGCUCUAUUUCACACCAAGUGAAGUAUGGUUUGUGUGCCAAGAUGGAGGCCACCGUGAAGAUCAGUAUGGCACAGAAGAGCGUUUGAAACCCGGUUCUACAGAACUUCACUCGACAUUGCGUCUGGGCUCAGGCUUUGGGAGCUAUGUUAGCCUCGCCAGCCAGUACGCUAGCCGAGCCUUUACGAACCAAUCUGACAUCUAUAAUGCCUUUGGCGGAAUCCAGAACAUGCUAUAUCCAGACACGAGAGUUAUCUAUGGCUUACCGGAGCGCGAUUUCGACGAAGCGCUUCUCUGGAGUGUUCCAGAUGAUUCCGUGCGCCCAAUACUUCGUAGAGCACAAGGGGCAAUACUUCCGAGUUGGUCAUGGACAUCCAUCAAAAGCCAAAUCGAGUAUGGCGAUGAGAACUUGGGAUCGCCGUGGUUCCCAUUGGUGAGGUGGGCCUUUUCUGAUGAAGGGACUAUUCGCAGUAUCAACAGCGUCUACUACGAAUACUGGCCGGAUGAAUAUGCUCGAACAUUUCUUGCGAUUGCCUGGACUGCGGGCUGCAUUGAAGCCGAAUGCCCCUUCCAAUUUGGAGAAAUGGACGAAUACUGGGAAGAUGAAAUCCCGUUCACUGUUUCACGAAAAGAUCUCGAAAAACGCUGGCCCAAACCGCAUCAUUUUUUCGAAGAGGUCAGCCUCAGCCCAGCCUCUAGCGGUCAUUACGAUGAGUCUAGGGUUUGGAAAAUUGCUUCUCACGACGACGAUAUCAUGAAGAACCUACAACAUCCUGGCGUGAUUUUCACUCGUGCUCAGACCGCGCACUUCAAUGUGGGGAUUACUCCAUGGGAAAGAGAAUGGUCUAUCGAUGACGCUGGGACGCUCUUGAACUUCAAGGAAUUCAAAUUGCCACUCCGGAUUGUGUUGAACUCCAACCGCCACCUGUUCUGA